UGACGUUGUUCGACCUGCUCAAGCGCCUCUACCACCAGCUGUACUUCCUGAUGCAGCAGUGUCAACUUACAACUCAGCUCAGCGGCUGGAGGGAGUGCCACUACGGCAGGUACAUCGGUGGGUCCGGCUGGCAGUGCAACACGAAGCAAUGCCCUAAGCAAGACUGCGACCAAAGGCACGACCAAAGUGGCAACCAAACGGGUGGGCAAUAUCCCAACUGCGGCGUCACGUCGCCACUGCAAUCGUUCUUGGAGGACGGUUUGAAGGGCCACCUGCCGCAUUCGGUGAUAGCUAGGGGAUCGAGUCUGUCAUGUAGCACGUGUGGUAAUUCACCUGGUAUGCCGUGCAGAACUCCGAUGGGCUUCGCUGACAUCAGUGCCAUCGCGUCGCAUACGAUGAUAGGCCGGAAUAUAUGCGAGGUGCUUUACGAUUUCUGUGGCCGUCCUAACUCCCCUCUCACAAGGCUGUGCAGUUACCUCAACUGCCUUUUGCCUAGUGCGCCGAAAACGCUGGCGGACAUGUUCAGCUUCUACCAUCACCUCACCGAUCGCUGGGGUAUGCACGGUAACAAACACAAGAAAGAGGCAUUUGAGGAGAAAGUUAAAGCAGCUAAUUUCGGACGUCAGUAUAAUGAGCUGAACGUCUACCACUUAUUUACCCCUAGUCACUCGGCAUUGAAGAAGGGCCACUCCGAUGGUAGCCUGGGCAGUCUCGUAUGCUUAUCAAGGGAAGCCAUCGUAUGCGGUCCUUAUCUGCGUCCCAUCAGUCACACCAUCUACGAGACGUUCUCGUCAGAACACGCCGAUAAGUAUCUGUCCUGGAUUGUCUAUCUGACGGCAUCGUUCUACGAUCUGCUGAAGAAACUGUAUGAUGAGUGCAAUUCCAAAUGCGGUUCCAGGGGAUCGAAUUGCCAUGAAAAGGCGUGCAUCAAAGAUUGUAGAACUACAUCCAAACAUGAUCCACCACGAUAUCACGAUCCCAAAUGCAAAUCCAUUGUAAAGUGCAAUUCCACGCUGCCGACAUUGGCGAAGUACGGCUUCGUUCUCGGCGAUCCAGAGAGGCUGAACGGAAGUGCAGGCAUUGAGAAAAAACGCACGUGCAGAGAUUUCUGUACAGUAUUCGCGGAGUCAUUUGAGAAGGACUCACAUCUUGUGCAGUUAUUCAAAGCCAUUGAUAAUUUCAUGUUCACCAUCCGCUCACCGUUCCUGUGGAUGACCGUGGCGCUCUGGUCACUAUCCCUCUUCUACCUCAUCUGCGUAAUGGUUGGCAGGCUGGAUGUGCUCCACAUCAGGUCACACCUGAGGAUACCGUCAUCGCACAGGAUAACUGCUCAAUCAUUGUUGGCGGCAGCGCAAGUCGGAAGGCUUGCCAAGAUAUCGUAUCUACAACCGUAA